CCGUUGCCUCUGUCUCUCCCUCGCUCACACGCACACAGGUCCCGGUCCACACUUUCAGCCGCUGUCACACCCAACAAACGCACGCGCGACCAAGAACCAGCCCACCGACGACCGCGCGCGCGUCCAUAACCGCCGCCAUCCAUCCAUCCAUGGCGCAGCCGCACAGGCGCGUGCUCCGCGUGGCUCCGCCGGGCUCCGCAGGAGGGGGCGGGGACGGGGAGGCGUUCCCCACGGUGCAGGCCGCGGUGGACGCCGUGCCGCUGGGCAACAGGGAGCGUACCGUCAUCCGCCUCGCCCCGGGGGUGUACCGGGAGCCCGUCUACGUCCCCAAGACCAAGAACUUCAUCACCCUCGCCGGCGCGUCCGCCGAGGCCACCGUCAUCUCCUGGGACAACACCGCCACCCGCAUCAAGCACGCCCAGACAUCCAGGGUCAUUGGGACAGGAACAUUUGGCUGUGGAACGGUUAUCGUCGAGGGAGAGGAUUUCAUUGCAGAGAAUAUCACGUUUCAGAACUCAGCUCCUCAGGGAUCCGGGCAAGCAGUCGCAGUCCGGGUAACAGCAGAUAAGUGUGCCUUCUAUGGUUGCCGGUUCCUUGGUUGGCAGGAUACAUUAUAUUUACAUUAUGGAAAACAAUACUUGAGAGACUGUUACAUUGAGGGUAACUGUGACUUCAUCUUUGGUAACUCUAUUGCCCUUCUGGAACAUUGCCAUAUACAUUGCAAAUCAGCGGGAUUUAUUACUGCCCAUAGUCGGAAAUCCUCUUCAGAGUCGACUGGCUACGUGUUCCUAAGGUGUAUUAUUACAGGAAACGGAGAAGCUGGAUAUAUAUUCCUGGGUCGGCCAUGGGGGCCCUUUGGGAGGGUUGUCUUUGCGCACACUUUUAUGGAUCGCUGUGUUAAGGCCACUGGGUGGCAUAAUUGGGACAAAUCUGAGAAUGAAAGAACCGCUUGCUUCUAUGAGUACAGGUGCUCAGGGCCCGGUUCCCGGUCAUCAAGCAGGGUGUCUUGGUGUAGAGAAUUGCUUGACCUUGAAGCAGAACAGUUCCUUACACACUCCUUCGUUGAUCCAGACCUUGAUAGACCAUGGCUUCUCCAGAUGAUGGCGAUAAAGAUACCAGCUUCAGCGUAGUCUGGUCCCAGGAUCCUAGUUCAAACCUCCUUCGUACCCUAUCUAGUAAAUAAAUUUGGGGAAUGUAUUAUAAGUUUAUCACAUUUAUUCACUUUUGUAUCCAUGUUUAUCAUAUAUUCUUUUUGUUUA